CACUCUGUUGCAAUUUCAAAGUAAACGGCGCGAACCGUGACACACAUAACCGUUCUCUUCGUCGUAUUGUUUGUUAUACUCGAACUACUCGAAUAGUGAAAAACAUUUUGUUAAAGUUUUGUUUCAAUUUUGUGAGAAAAGUAUACACAGUUUUUUCAGUCAAAAAUGGACGCAAGAGUUCACCUUUCGGUAAUGAAAGGUCCAACACGGAUACUGAAACCAAACAGUUUGCACAAGAUGUUCGAGGUUGUCGCGAAAGGCCCUGCAGCAAAUAAUACAGCUUUGAUAUACGAAGAAAACGGUAAAACGAAAAAAUAUAAAUACAGCGAGUUGGAUGACCUUACAAACAGAUUGGCAAACGUUAUCGUUCAAAACGUGAAAGACUUUCGAUUGACUGGAAACAAAGAUGGGGAUUUCAUUGUUGCAGUGAGCAUGCAUCCCUCUGAUUACCUAGUCAUCACUCUUCUUUCAAUUUUAAAAUCUGGUGCGGCUUAUCUACCCAUAGAUCCCAGUUUUCCUGCAGCGAGAGUUGAACAUAUCCUGAGAGAAGCUAAACCAGUCAUGAUAAUAUACGAUGAAGCUAAUCUUCAGUUUGACAACAUUCACAAGUUAUCGUUUCGAGAACUCCUUUUGGAAGGAAAGACGCUCUCUUCCUCUCCAAUUACCGAUGAUUUACGUCUUAAACAUGUCAAAGAUGAUCUUGCGAUUGUGUUGUACACCUCUGGAAGCACAGGUGUGCCUAAAGGGGUACGCCUUCCUCAUAAAACGAUACUCAACAGACUUCAAUGGCAGUUUAAAACAUUCCCUUACAGUAAAACAGAAGCAAAUUGUGUUUUUAAGACAGCAUUAACUUUUGUCGAUAGCGUGGCCGAAAUAUGGGGACCAUUAGUAAAUGGCCUUGCAAUAGUGGUUGUUCCUAAAGCAACCACUAGAGAUCCUGAGAAGCUAGUCACUACACUGGAAAAUUAUAAGAUCGAAAGGCUUGUCCUCGUUCCUUCUCUUCUGCGAUCGCUCCUCAUGUACCUAAGCCUACAGGAAAGGUCAUUCCUUAAUCAUCUGAAAUUGUGGGUGUGUUCCGGUGAAACGCUGGCAACGUCACUUGCCGAAGAAUUCUUCGCUUACUUCACCAAAGGAGACCACAAACUUUGCAAUUUCUAUGGCAGCACUGAAGUAAUGGGUGAUGUCACUUACCACGUUAUGAGUAAUUUGGACCAAGUAAAACAAUACGACAAAGUACCCAUUGGUCUCCCUGUCGAUAAUACAAUAAUUUACUUGCUGGACAGUGAUUUCCGUCCCGUAAAAACGGGCGAAAUUGGAGAGCUGUUCGUCUCCGGUCAAAAUCUUGCCUCAGGAUAUGUUAAUGGACGGGACCCUGAAAAAUUUAUAGAAAAUCCCUUAGCUGUAGAUCCGACAUUUGGAAAGUUAUACCGAACUGGAGAUUUUGCUCGUAUUCAGAAGGGCAUUUUAUUCUACGAAGGACGAACGGAUUCACAAGUGAAAAUCAGGGGACACAGAGUAGAUUUAUCGGAAGUGGAAAAAGCAGUAAACGCCAUCGAAGAAGUUGAUAAGGGAAUAGUUAUUUGCUACAAACCUGGUGAAUUAAAUCAAGCACUCCUGGCAUUUGUUACCACAGAAGCUAAUAUUAACGAAAACCACAUAGAGUCUAUUCUUAGGGACCAACUUGCCCCAUAUAUGGUUCCUAGAGUAGUUAUUAUUGAGACAGUUCCACUACUUGUUAAUGGAAAGAUCGACAGGCAGUCUCUAUUGAGGAAUUUUGAAAACAGCGAUUCUAUUAAUGGAUCCGUCAAUUUCCAAGUGGAUAUUGACUUCACCGGCGUGGCCGAUAACCAAAUGGAGGCAGCGAGAAUUCUUUUUGAAACUGUUGCGGUCGUAUUAAACAGAUCGGCUCGUUCUGCUAUCUCUAUCGAAGCUAACUUUUAUGAUAUUGGAGGAAAUUCCCUCAACUCGAUAUUCACAAUUAUGAGCUUGAACGAAAAGGGAUACCACAUAAGCAUUGGAGACUUCAUAGCUUCAAUGGAUCUUGGAGAAGUAUUGGACAGAAUGACGGGCUGUAGUCAGAGUUACGCCGGAGUUACCACUCAACCUCCUUGCUACUCCUUUGAAUAUUUAAAAGACGAACAUAAAAAAGAAGUUAUUCAAAUGAUCACUACAAGUUUCUUCCAAAAAGCUGACCUGGAGCAAUGGCUGAUGCCUGACAUUUCUGAAAGAGAUUAUGACGAGUUGAUAGGGAAAAUAUGGGCACCGUUGGUGGAAAAAGAAUUGAGUUUCGUUACAAAAACGAAUUCUGGAAAAAUUGUCGGAGUGGCUCUCAAUUUCGAUGCCAGAGAUGAACCCGAAGUAGAAAUUCAUUCUAAGCUGACAAUAAUAUUUGAAUUCUUGGAAUUCCUGGAAGGACCAAUACGAGAUUCGAUACUCCCGAAGGGCGUUGGUACAAUUCUACAUUCGUUCAUGAUGGCUACGAAUUCUGAACUUACAACCAAAGAAAAUGUUGGUGUUAUGCAGUUUAUGGAAGAGCAGGUUAUACGAAUUGCGAAGACAAAAGGUUUCGUGGGUGUUUUCACUAGCAACACUAGUCCUCUAACACAGCAACUGGGUAGAGACAUCUAUCAAUAUAAAACAUUGUUGGAUUACCAAGUUAACCAAUACAUCACUAGUGACGGAAUGAAACCAUUUGGAAUGGCACCUGAUUCUCAACGAGUGAUUGUUCAAUGGAAAGAAGUUUAAAAGCAGAAAGAAAGAACGAACAACGUAUUGUAUUUGCUCAUUUUAAUGUUUGAUGUUGAAGUAUACAUUAUUAUUAUUAUUAUUUAAUUAGUACACAGAACGAAAAAUAUAUUUUUUUCUUCUAAAGUAUUCGAUAUAAUAUGUAGAUGAACCUAGCUACGAAUUGUAUUCGUUGGUAGAUUGGUACCUAUAUUUACGUAUUUGUUUUAGGUUAGCAAUAAAUACUAGUUUUAGAUAGUUUAUGUUCACUGUUAGACUUAGAAUUUUAAAGUUAUUUAUUUUUCAUUUUAAGAGGCAUCUGCCUACAUUAAUUAGGCAUAUUUUUGAUCAGUAUUUUAGGUUAAUAAAAUGUUUUGAUAUAAUUAAGUAUUAUGAAUAUAAUAACAAUAUUUGCACAAUAAAAAAACUAUUACUGA